AUGGCUGCUGAAGGGCAAAAGGAAGGGGAGCUGGUCAUCAAUGCCUCUGGGGCUUUGGCUAGCAAGGAUGGCAACUGGGGUCCCGAAGUAGAUCAAGUCGUGUCGACCGUCUGGCAGCUGCUGAAGGAUGCUAAGCACCUAUUUCCUCCCACGGAAUCCAUGGUGCAGAUUACUGUGAGGUUUGGCAGCCGGACUUAUGUGAUCACGGGCAAGGCGGGCUUGGCAACUUGGGGCCUCGCUCGGGCCCUCUGCCUUGUCCUGGGAGCCCCAGAGCUUGUCGAGGACAGCACCUACUAUGUGACGAAGUGGACAAACUCCUGA